CUUAGACAGUUUGAUCUGGCCAUGUGGUAUGAUAACUUCUACUCACAGAUAAAAAGUUGCACACGAGACUUAAAUGAACUUUUUGUAAAGUACAACAUAAUCGUAAAUCUGAUAGAACCUUGUGCGGCCUAUAUUCUGUUCUAAUUUCUUCCUGGUUGAGCUACUCAGUGAAAUAAAAAUAGACUAUUAGGGAAGCUUCUCAAAUGUGCAACUCAACCACCUUUGACAUUUCGUUCUUUCUCUUCAAGUCUUGGUAUUAUCGCUUGAAUUAGGUGGUAUUCGACCUUCUUGGGGCUGUCUUUUUCGUCCAGUCCAUAACAUUUUCUUCUAUCAAGGCGACCAAUACAAUAAUAGCUUUACCCAGAGCCUAAAAGCCAGCCAUGUGGAUAUUCUUCAGCUAUCUAACUUGACAAGAAAGAGAUGUCAUCUCUUUGAGUUUGAGGAAUGGACUUUAUUUCAAAUCAUGGGUAACAGGCAACGAAAAUCAAGACGAAAAGCAAUUCGGUUGUGGUUUAUCAAAAGACGAAGCAAAGCUGAUGCAUCCCAUUUAAGCGAAAUUUCAGAUAACGACGAACAAGAUGAUGAGUGCAUGGAUGGUUUUGUUGGUAGGUCACUGGACAUGGAACCAUGCAUUAGAAACAAUGAAUUGAGAAUCUUUGUUGGUACAUGGAAUGUUGCAGGAAGAUCUCCAGUGGGAAGUCUAGCUCUAGAUUUGAUUGAGUGGCUCCAUCUGAAAGAACCAGCUGAUAUUUAUGUUCUUGGCUUCCAGGAAAUAGUACCUCUAAAGACUAAAACAGUAAUUGGAGCAGAAGAUCCAACAGAAGCAACUAACUGGAACUCGCUCAUCGGUAAAACUCUAAAUAGCAAGUAUGGUGGUGCCUGGUUGACACCCAUGAUCAAUCCAAUCACCAAUGAUAAUUAUCAAUAUGAUGCUGAAUCAGAUAGGAGACUAAGGAGUGACUACGAAAUAUCAAGUCCAGCAAGAGGUCAGACUAGAACCAAAUAUGAGCUUUCAGACCGUGUUGGUAGGUACAAAUUGAUGGCGAGCAAGAAGAUGGUUGGUGUCUUCAUUAGUGUCUGGAUGAGAAGGGCAUUGCUAAAGAAAUAUCGUGUCUCGGAGGUGAAAGUCUCGUCAGUAGCCUGUGGCAUUAUGGGCUAUUUGGGAAACAAAGGAUCAGUCUCUGUGAGCAUGUCUAUAGGAGGAACUAGUUUUUGCUUUGUGGCAGCUCACUUAGCCUCCGGAGAAAAGAAAGGUGAUGAAGGGAAAAGGAACCAUCAAGUCUCGGAAAUUUUUAGGAGAACAUCUUUCCCCCGGCUGCCUGAAGACAGACGUAAAAAUCUUCCUCUCACCAUUUUAGGGCACGACCAGAUAUUUUGGUUUGGAGAUCUCAACUACAGAUUAUACUUGGAAGACAACUUAGCAAGGGAAUUAAUAAAGCAGCACAAUUGGAGUGCCCUGCAAGAAUUUGACCAGUUGCGGAAGGAACUAGAAGAAGGUGGAGUGUUUCAGGGUUGGAAAGAGGGAAAUAUAGAGUUUGCACCCACAUACAAAUAUUCUUCUUACAAUUGCAAUCGUUAUUCUGGUGGACUUCCAAGCAGAGCUGGGGAGAAGCAAAGAACUCCAGCAUGGUGCGAUAGGAUCCUAUGGUAUGGUAAGGGAGUUAAACAGCUUUCCUAUUUCCGCAGUGAAAGCAAGUUCUCUGACCAUCGGCCGGUCUCUGCUUUAUUCUCUAUACAUGUUGAAGAUCAAAAGUGUGCCCGUUCAGGUCUGGUUUCAUUUCCUCCUUCAGUCCCCUCCACAAUUCCUAGUAAAGCUGUAACCAACUACAAGGCAAGGGUAAUAGAGAUGCUAGAUCUCCACUCUUAUCAUUGAUUGUGAGGGAUAUAGAAGGAUCAACAACAUAUGUGCAAACAGAAAAUCCAAUAGGUUACUUCCUAUUCAGCUGAACAAAACAAUUCAUAUUCUUACAACAAUCGCUUCCAAUCCUUCAAAAAAGCAUUCUGGUGGAUUCACUUUCAAGCCCCCCAUAACACCACAAUAAUGGGAGGUAGAGCAUGGGCGGUGACAACCCUUUUAUUAGGAUAUUAGAGGCAAGUGCAUUUAACUUUCUUCUUUACCAAUGCAAAAGAUUGCUGAAAGAGCAGAAAUACAACUAUCCUCAUGGUAACAGUAUGUUUUAUUUUACAGCUUUCAUUAAAUUUGUUCUUUGGGAAGUAUUAGGGAAAUGAGUAGAAAAGUAGGAGUGUCAAUUUUGCAAACUAGACCUCUCUAUAGUAGAACAAAGCUUAGCCAAGCCAGUGGAAGACAUAAGAGCAGAAAUGUAAGCACCUCAGGGUCCUUUUGACUGUCAUCAGCUUAAUGUCAGGGACUACUUACAAGAAGCUAAUAUUCAUCGCCUGCUUGAAGAAUUUCACCUAAUGCCUCUGCAUUGUCCCUAUGACAACUGGGAGAUACCGACCUCUGUAGCUCAUCACCAAGGGAAGCACAUCUGUUUUCUAAUUCAGAAGUCUGCUUGCUUCCAGUCAAGGACACAAAAAUAGUUGACAAAUCUAAAGCAUGGGUGCUCAUUCCAUAAGUGUCAUUUUGAGGUGUGAAAGAGUUUUCUCAGUAAUACAAUAGGAGAUUACGAGACUGUAACAGCAAACGUGGAACGUGUCAUGAAAAUUUGAGAUCCACUGCAAAUUCAUUCUCUUCCACCAAUGAGGUGAACUAGUAAAUAAUUAGCUAUAUGUAGACGAGUCCAAACAAUAACGAUUUAAGGA